GAUCCACAAAAAGCACAUCCUGUCAAUUCCAUUUGAAAACCUCAGCAUUCACUGUGGGGAAAGGAUUACCCAGGACCUCGAGGCAUGAUGAAUUUGGAGGAGUACUUCCAAAGAAUUGGGUUUGAUGGCUCUCAUGACAAACCUGAUCUGGCAACACUGAAGCUGAUCCACAAAAAGCACAUCCUGUCAAUUCCAUUUGAAAACCUCAGCAUUCACUGUGGGGAAAGGAUUACCCAGGACCUCGAGGUAAUUUUCAAUAAGAUAGUGAGGAGCGGUCGUGGAGGUUGGUGCCUUGAGAACAACUCCCUGUUUGGCUGGGUGCUCAGACAAAUGGGCUAUGACACUGUGACCUUGAGCUCUAGAGUUUUCCAGAGUACCAUCAAUGAAUUUGGCCUUGAUGACACUCACCUCAUCAACAAGGUGGUCAUUGAUGGAAAGGCUUAUAUAACAGAUGUAAGCUUUGGAGUGUCUUCCCAAAUGCGGGAGCCCCUGGAGCUCGUCUCUGGAAUGGACCAACCUCAGGCAGCAGGGGUCUUUUGUCUUAUUGACAAAGGGGACAUGUGGGUGCUGGAGAAGACUGGAAGAAAGCCAGAGGUCAUCAAUCCAGAAUUUGCUGAAUCAAGUCUGGUGAGCAGAAAAGUAACGAAACAGAUCUAUUGCUUCACCAUGGUGCCUCGUGAGGCUGAUCAUUUCUUUGAGGCAAACCACAAACUUCAGACAGAUCCUACUUCACUAUUUACCUGUAAAUCUAUCUGCUCCUUGCAAACACCCACAGGAUUCCGAGCCCUGAUUGGCUGGACCUACAGUGAGGUCACCUACAAGCCGGAAGAAGGUGUCGAUGUCUUAGAUAUGAAGGACAUACCAGAUAAUGUGAGAGAACCACUUCUGAGGGAGAGGUUCAGUUUAACACUGCAGAACAAACUGCAGCCUGUAAACAAAAAAGCAUGGUACACACUCUGAAAGAAAAGGCAUAUAUUUUUGAGAACUCUUAAUUGUUCUAAAAUAAUGUGGUGAUUUUUUUAUGGGUGACUACAUAUAGCAGCUUGUUGACAAGGGGGUGGCCAAGGGUGGAACCAGUGUUCCCUAGAAUCUGAUUGGACAACCCUGGUGUUACCCCUGCCAAAAUCAAUUGGAUGUGUCACUAUUAAUGAAUGGAAAUGAAUGACAAAUUGUUACCUUAAAUAUAACUAACAUUAUUUAGCAUGCUACGCAAUCUGAAAGAAAACACAUAUACUUUUGAAAACUCUCAAUUGUCCUGAAAUACUAUCACAAUGUGUGGCGAUUUUAUGACUGACCAGUGCAGCUUGUUGAAUAACAGUUAAUUUCAAAUAUUAAAAGUGGUUUGAAGUUUUGUACAAUGUCGGAGAUGCCAUGUUAUGACAAAUGAGUAAAAAAUUGUAA